AACAGCUGGCUGCGUGCACUUGGCGACGUAACUUGGUUUGUUUUGUUGUUGUUGCUUUGGAGCGGAGCAGAGCGGCUUGGUUUGAUUUUGGGGAAAACCAGUUUGUGGAAGUGGAAGCGGCCAACCGGGAGCGUCGCGCCACACAACUGCAACGGCAUCUCGGCGGCAGCGAUAUUACAAAGCUGGCGAAAAGAAAGUUUUGACGCAAUCCACGGGCCGCUGCCUGUAAUGAAGAAGCGUCGCCGCCGCAGUAACUGCUGCACUCUGCCCGCGAACGGACGCAUCUGCUCCAGCAGCAUCGGAAUUUCGGAACUGGACAGCACGGCACACAACGAGAGUCAUCGAACAACAAAAGCGGGAAAAGUGAAAUCGCUGAUAAACCCGAAUACCCUCUAGACGACUAUUGUCAAUCAAUGAAUGUCCGUUUGAACCUGGAAUCUACCUUGAGUACUCUGCGAUUUGGCGCGCAGCUGGGCAUAACAGCAAUAGUGGUGAAGUAAUCGCGGAGACAUCAUCCCCACGCUCCGUUGAGCAUGACACUUAAAUGCCAUUGAAGAGUUGGCAGUCGCAGCAAUAAAAGUGAAAUCCGCACGAGCAAACAUACGCACACGAAAAGCGAAACCAAAGCAGCACCGACGCAGACAUGGCGGUGACCACAGGAACAACCAGUGAGGCAACCCAAGCCACAACCACAGCUCCCGUCCCCCGGCGAACGCACAGUACGCGGGAGCAGCUCCAUCAAAUGCUAGCCGGCGGCCUGUCGGCGGCCAUCACCCGCUCCACCUGCCAACCACUGGACGUGCUCAAGAUACGCUUCCAGCUGCAGGUGGAGCCGCUGGGCAAGAGUCGUGCUAGGGAGGGAGCGGGAGCGCUUACCUCGAAGUACACAUCCAUUGGACAGGCGGUGAAGACAAUCUACCGGGAGGAGGGAUUGCUGGCCUUCUGGAAGGGUCACAAUCCUGCCCAGGUGCUGAGCAUCAUGUACGGCAUCUGCCAGUUCUGGACAUACGAGCAGCUGAGCCUGAGGGCCAAACAGACCAGCUACCUGGCGGAUCACCAGCAUCUAUCGAAUUUCCUGUGUGGAGCUGCAGCCGGCGGAGCAGCGGUGAUCAUAUCCACGCCCCUGGACGUGAUUCGCACUCGGCUGAUUGCCCAGGACACCAGCAAGGGCUACCGGAACGCCACGCGAGCUGUGUCGGCGAUAGUGCGGCACGAGGGUCCACGGGGCAUGUACCGCGGCCUGUCCUCCGCCCUGCUGCAAAUAACGCCGCUGAUGGGCACCAACUUCAUGGCCUACCGCCUGUUCAGCGACUGGGCUUGCGCCUUCCUGGAGGUCAGCGAUCGCAGCCAGCUGCCCACCUGGACACUGCUGGGACUGGGCGCUUCCUCGGGCAUGCUCUCCAAGACGAUCGUGUACCCCUUCGAUCUGAUCAAGAAGCGGCUGCAGAUUCAGGGCUUCGAGUCGAACCGCCAGACCUUCGGACAGACACUGCAGUGCCACGGAGUCUGGGACUGUGUGCGGCUGACCGUUCGCCAGGAGGGCGUGAGGGGCUUGUACAAGGGCGUGGCCCCCACACUCCUCAAGUCAAGCAUGACGACGGCCCUGUACUUCAGCAUUUACGAUAAGCUCAAGCAGGUGCGCUUCUAGGUCGUGCUGGGAGUCGGGGUUAAUGGCGGCUCAAAUCCAUUGUGGCUCUACAGAAUCUACAUCGUAUUUUGUACUUUUAUAUAUAUUUACCGCGCCGCGUAAAUAAUAUUAAGACUUAGGCUAACUGUUGAUUAGUUUUCGGUUAUGCGUACGGGGUUCUGUUUAUCUUAGGCCAAUCGACUUGGUCAGCGCUUUGUUACACACAAAAAUAAUUUGCGCACCUGUUUAGUUAUCUAUAUACGGGUAGUAUACGUUAGUUUGUAGUUUAUUAUCCGAGCAAAGCGUCUGGCUUUGCAGCCGCACUCAAAUCUUUAUUUAUGAUUAUCUUUUGGUAAAUUUCCGAGUGAAAACGACUGGGCAGGCAGUCCCCGUUUUGCCCAAUUACUUUUAUUACACUUAAAUAUUCAGGGAAGUUAAAUAAACUUGACUACAUCACAGAGUUUACUAAGGGAGUUUAAUAAAACUGGACUACAACACAGA